AUGAGUUCAAGCUUAUGGAGCCAAGAGAAAGUUACUUCACCCUACUGGGAAGAGCGGAUUUUUUAUUUGCUUCUUCAAGAAUGCAGUGUUACAGAUAAACAAACGCAAAAGCUCCUUAAAGUACCAAAGGGGAGUAUAGGACAGUAUAUCCAAGACCGUUCUUUGGGACAUUCAAGGAUUCCUUCUGCAAAAGGGAAGAAAAACCAGAUUGGAUUAAAACUUUUAGAACAGCCUCAUACUGUUCUUUUUGUUGAUGAAAAGGAUGUUAUAGAAAUAAAUGAAAAAUUCACAGAGUUACUCUUGGCAAUUACCAACUGUGAGGAGAGAUUCAGCUUGUUUAAAAACACAAACAGACUAAGUAAAGGCCUCCAAAUAGAUGUGGGCUGCUCUGUGAAAGUACAGUUGAGAUCAGGGGAAGAAAAAUUUCCUGGAGUUGUACGCUUCCGAGGGUCCUUAUUAACAGAGAGGACAGUGUCGGGAAUAUUCUUUGGAGUAGAAUUGCUGGAAGAAGGUCGUGGUCAAGGGUUCACUGAUGGAAUCUAUCAAGGGAAACAGUACUUUCAGUGUGAUGAAGAUUGUGGUGUGUUUGUGGCCUUGGACAAGCUAGAAAUCAUAGAAGAUGAUGACACUGGAUUGGAAAAUGAUUAUGCAGGUCCUGUGGAUACAAUGCAAAUGGAACUUCCCCCUUUGGAAAUAAACUCCAGAGUUUCUUUGAAGGUUGGAGACACUUUAGAAUCUGGAACAGUUAUAUUCUGUGGUGUUUUGCCAGGAAAAAAAAGUUUAGGAUAUUUUGUUGGUGUGGACAUGGAUAAUCCUGUUGGCAACUGGGAUGGAAGAUUUAAUGGUGAACAGCUUUGUAGUUUUGCAAGUGUUGAAAGUACACUUCUUUUGCAUAUCAAUGAUAUAAUCCCAGACAGCGUGACACAGGAAAGGAGACCUCCCAAAGUUGCGUUUAUGUCCAGAGGUGUUGGAGACAAGGGUUCUUCCAGUCAUAAUAAACCAAAGGCUACAGGAUCUACCUCAGACCCUGGAAAUAGAAGCAGAUCUGAAUUAUUUUAUACCUUAAAUGGGUCUUCUGUUGAUUCACAACCACAAUCCAAAUCAAAAAACACAUGGUACAUUGAUCAAGUUGCUGAAGACCCUGCAAAAUCACUUACAGAGCUUUCUCCAGACUUUGGACAGUCUUCACCACCUCUGCAGCCUCCUUCCAUGAACUCCUUAUCCAGUGAGAACCGGUUUCACUCUCUACCCUUCAGCCUGACAAAGCUGCCCAAUACCAAUGGAAGCAUUGGCCACAGCCCACUUUCUCUGUCCGUUCAGUCCGUGAUGGGAGAACUAAACAAUGCACCUGUCCAGGAAAGUCCACCCUUGGCCCUUUCCUCUGGUAACUCACAUGGUCUGGAAGUAGGAUCGCUGGCUGAAGUUAAAGAAAACCCUCCUUUCUAUGGGGUAAUCCGCUGGAUUGGCCAGCCACCAGGACUCAGUGAUGUACUAGCUGGACUAGAACUGGAAGAUGAAUGUGCUGGUUGCACAGAUGGAACCUUUAAGGGCACUAGGUAUUUCACCUGUGCCCUGAAGAAGGCGCUGUUUGUGAAACUCAAGAGUUGCAGACCUGAUUCUAGGUUUGCAUCGCUACAACCCGUCUCCAAUCAGAUUGAACGCUGUAACUCUUUAGCUUUUGGGGGUUACUUAAGUGAAGUAGUAGAAGAAAAUACUCCACCAAAAAUGGAAAAAGAAGGUUUAGAGAUAAUGAUUGGAAAAAAGAAAGGGAUCCAGGGUCAUUAUAAUUCUUGUUAUUUAGAUUCAACCUUAUUUUGCUUAUUUGCAUUUAGUUCUGUUCUGGACACUGUGCUACUUAGACCCAAAGAAAAGAAUGAUGUAGAAUAUUAUAGUGAAACUCAAGGACUACUGAGGACAGAAAUUGUUAAUCCUUUACGAAUAUAUGGAUAUGUAUGUGCCACAAAAAUUAUGAAAUUGAGGAAAAUACUUGAAAAAGUUGAGGCUGCAUCGGGAUUUACCUCCGAAGAAAAAGAUCCUGAAGAAUUCUUGAAUAUCCUGUUUCAUCAUAUUUUAAGAGUAGAACCAUUGUUAAAAAUAAGAUCAGCGGGUCAAAAAGUACAAGAUUGUUACUUCUAUCAAAUUUUUAUGGAAAAAAAUGAGAAAGUUGGAGUUCCUACGAUACAGCAGUUGUUAGAAUGGUCUUUUAUCAAUAGUAAUUUGAAAUUUGCAGAGGCACCAUCAUGUCUGAUUAUUCAGAUGCCUCGAUUUGGAAAAGACUUUAAACUGUUUAAGAAAAUUUUUCCUUCUCUGGAAUUAAAUAUAACAGAUUUACUUGAGGACACUCCCAGGCAGUGUCGGAUUUGUGGAGGACUUGCAGUGUAUGAAUGCAGAGAAUGUUAUGAUGAUCCUGAUAUCUCAGCAGGAAAAAUCAAACAGUUUUGUAAAACCUGCAACACCCAAGUCCACCUUCAUCCCAAGAGGCUGAAUCAUAAGUAUAACCCUGUGUCCCUCCCCAAGGAUUUACCUGACUGGGAUUGGAGACAUGGUUGCAUACCCUGCCAGAAGAUGGAAUUAUUUGCUGUGCUCUGCAUCGAAACAAGCCACUAUGUUGCGUUUGUGAAAUAUGGGCAGGACGACUCAGCCUGGCUCUUCUUUGACAGCAUGGCGGAUCGGGAUGGAGGUCAGAAUGGCUUCAACAUUCCACAAGUCACCCCAUGCCCAGAAGUAGGAGAGUACUUGAAAAUGUCGCUAGAGGAGCUGCAUUCCUUAGACUCCAGACGAAUCCAAGGAUGUGCACGAAGACUUCUUUGUGAUGCCUACAUGUGCAUGUACCAGAGUCCAACAAUGAGUUUAUAUAAAUAAAUGGGGUCACCAGAUAGGUGAAGAAACUGAAUGCAGAAUUGUAAUGUUGCAUUUUACUUGAGCUGGCAGUUGUUCAACGUCCAUUGCCGGCAAUGGAUGUUUUUGUGAGGAGAAUCCUCCUGAAAAGGAUUCCUGUGUUUAAAAACAAAUUGCUUUUGUGUUACUAAAGUAUUUAAUAAGAAGCAUUUUGCACUCU